AUGUUUGGAAUCUCGCAAGUCUUUCUGGAUUGGAGGAAGAAAUUGGCAAUUCUGCGCGGAGCAGGCGAUUGGGACGUGUUAGAACCGCGCGGCGGAAAAGCGGAUCAUGAGAAUCUGACGCCUGAAUCAUGCCAGAAGGGCCGCGCCACUAGUGUGGUGGAAUCGCGGUCAUGCAACGUUGGCUCCGCGGUUUGGCUCCUUGUGCUUCUCGUUCUCGUGCUGUGCAUGAUUGCCACGACUAAUCAAGCUCGGUCGGACAUCAGUCAGCUAUGGAACCUCUCCCCUUCGGUGCGGUUGCCUCAAGCAGAGUGGGAGCGGCCCGGCUGCAUUCUCACUCUCGACUCGCGCUACAACCCCGAGGGGGUGCUGGCUGUGCAGGCGGCUGUAGAGCGGUUGCUGAGAGACCUGGGGGCAGAGGGGGGGGAAGCAUUCAAUUCUACUCAAAAACAAGUGCAGGCGGCUGUAGCGCGGCUCCUGAGGGACCUGGGGGCGGAGGCAGAGGGGGUGGUGGGGGCGACUCAAAAGCCGGUUGAUGCGGCUGUAGCGCGGCUCUUGAGAGACCUGGGGGUGGAAAGGGUGGGGGGUGAAGGAUUAGGGAGAGAGAGGGUUGGGGGGGGAAGGGAGAGAGGGGGAGGGUGUAGGGACGGGGGCAGGGGAUGGGGGACAGGUAGGGCGGAGGGGGGAGAUGCAGGAACGGAGCGGUUGAAAGAAGGAGUGGGAGAGGCCGGGGGGCAGGGGAAGGAUGGGGGGCAGGGGAAGGAUGGGGGGCAGGGGAAGGAUGAGGGACAGGGGAAGGAUAGGGGGCAGGGGAAGGAUGAGGGGCAGGGGAAGGAUGAGGGGCAGGGGAAGGAUGAGGGGCAGGGGAAGGAUGGGGAAAUUAAAGGGAUGUCUGAGGCAUGGAGGAGGUUUUAUGGUGCGCUGCCUAGGGUGGUGGGCGCGGAUGGGAAUGAGGAUCAGCUGAAGAUGCCCAUUUGGGUGGCUCUGGCCGUCAACAUGAUAUACGCGCGGCGGCAUGGGUAUCGCUUCGCUGUGGGAAAUGGGUCGAAAUACACCCAGGAUAGACACCCAUCCUGGUUCAAGGAUAGGCACCCCUCGUGGUUCAAGGUGAGCGUCAUCAGUGACUGUGCUUGCUUCAAGGUGAGCGUCAUCAGUGACUGUGCUUGCUUCAAGGUGAGCGUCAGUUACCCUGAUGCACUGAUUCGCCUCCCCUGGUUCAGAUACACCCAGGAUGGACACCCCUCGUGCUUCAAGGUGAGCGUCAGUUACCCCACAUCACUUGCAAUUCUUGCCGCUAUUCGAGUGACUUUUGAGAAUUCUCAAAAGUCACUUAGACACACCCAGGAUGGGCACCCCUCAUGCUUCAAGGUGAGCGUCAGUUACCCCACAUCACUUGCAAUUCUUGCCGUUAUUCGAGUGACUUUUGAGAAUUUUCAAAAGUCACUUAAAUACACCCAGGAUGGGCACCCCUCAUGCUUCAAGAACCACCCUGCCCUCACCUGCCUUCCCUGCCCUCACCUGCCUUCCCUGCCCUCACCUGCCUUCCCUGCCCUCACCUGCCUUCCCUGCCCUCCCGUUUCUGCAGGAGCAAUUGGCAUGCUGCUGCCAGUGGGCCUUGUCUAUACCGUUUCUGCAGGAGCAGCUAUCGUGCUGCUGCCAGUGGGCCUUGUUUGUCGACUCAGACGCUUACAUGCGAAUGAACCACCACAACCUCUCAGUCGAAGCCAAGCCUGGAUUCAAACCAUCAAGCAGCCUAAUUAUUUCGACUGGCUGCUGAGGGCGAAUGUCACAGACUCCUUGGAAGGACAGGUGUGGGUCCCACAGGACCCUACCCUGCUGCUACAACCGGCCACCGCGCUACAGCCGGAGGGACCUGUGGUGCUGGUACCACGGAACGGGGACACAGUGGGGGGGUAUGAUGGGAGCGCCGAUGUGCUAUUUAUGGAAGGGCACGACUAUAUCAAUGCAGGGGUGAUUUUGUGCAGACGAUCACUCGAUACCUUUGAGUUCUUCAAGCAAUGGUACACGAUCACUGAAGCAGACGAGUUUCAUAGAUAUCAUCACGUGUGGGAGCAGGCAAAUCUAAACACCAUCGUUCGUCAGGAGCAGUGGAAAGGGAAGGUGAUUAUAGUCCCUUACGGCGAGCUGACAGGGCCCAAGGGGGCAAUGAUUCGGCACGUGUGGAGUGAUUUGCCUCAAGGAACACAUCACAAGGUGUCAAUGGAGGCUCUUGAGGAGAUCAUGGGGCUGCCACAGUGA